AUGCUGAUAAAGAAUCUGAUUCCGUGGUCACUAUCUUUCUGCUCCCUCUUUGCCCUGUCCAGUAAGUUUUGCUUUUCUGUGCACUGACAUGUAAUGCUUUCGAAUUGUCCCCCUCGAGUGGUUAUGGGGUUCGUAGUUAUCUUUAGAUGGUCAAACUUUAACCACUUGAAUCAGAGAGUGACAGUUUGAAAGCAUUACACGUGAAUUCCAAGUUUUUAGAAUCCUACUACCUUUCGAUCAACCAUGUCGUAAACCACAAGUACUUCGGUGCAUUCCCUGAAGAAGUGAGAAAGAAACAAAUGAAUGUUUUUAUUUUUUCCCAUUUUUUCUCUUGUCAGGACUAUAUCACUAUGGCCUACGUCAUUGGAGGGGACUUCAUGAAUCGGUUGCUUUUCAUGCAACAUUUCAAGUCCAUCCUCCAAAAUUCGGACCGUUACUUCCGAUUGCAUUUCAUCACGGAUCAAACAAACAAAGACGAUCUCAGCACUCUCAUGAGAACCUGGAACAUCACCAAUUGUACGUUUCUGACUGAAGCAAGCAACAAAGUUUUAAUUUGCAUAAUUUUCAGGCGACUGGUUCGUUCACGAUCUGGAUAAGUUUGUUGACCGCGUGAGAUGGAUUCCAAAUGUUCACUACUCGAGUCACUACGGAAUGAGCAAGUUGCUGAUCCCCGAAAUUCUUCCAGAAACCGUCGGAAAGGUAGUUUUCACUAUUAUUUCUUACUUUGUUUUUGUCUUUUCAGGUCAUGUACGUCGAUGUUGAUCUUGUGUUCCAAGCCGAUAUUUUUUAUCUCUGGCAGCAAUUUCGUCAUUUCAAUCAUACACAAUCGAUUGGAAUGAUUGAAAACAUGUCUGACUACUAUUUGAACAAAGAUGGGAUGAGAUCUGUUUGGCCUGCAGUGGUGAGUCUUGUUUUAUUCCAAAUAAUUUAUUUUUACACAUAA